UCGCCAUGUCGCUGACAUCGCUGGCGUCGCUGGACCGCCCGGGCGUUCGAGCCCUGGGGCUCGAUGGGCUCGAUGGGUUCGAUGCGAACCGGGAUGAGCGGGACGUACAGGCUGAUGUGCUUCACGCCUUCCGACUGCUAGAGACGCAGAGCGCGCAACGUCCGCAGAGGCAGACGGCCACGGAGCAAACGGAACUGAGGGGUAAGCUCUCGACCCUUUUUCCUCGAUGGCUUAUCAUUGUGAAUCUUUGCUCGCUCAUUUGCUGCGUGGUGGUGGAGGGACUUCUUCAUCCUCGCUGGCCCCACAAGGAUUUGGAACGACCACUGCAAUACCCAGUGAGGGUCGCUUACGGGACCCUUUUGGCCUUGGUCUUCUCCCUGACGCACUUGUUGAACGGUGUGCGUUCAUCCUUCGUGUUCGCAGGGCUGCUGAUGGUACUGGCUUUGGUUGGUCUGGUGGACCACAUGGACAUCGUGACCGGCUUCGCACGGGUUGGACCUUGGCUGCCCCAGUUGCAGUUCGUCAUCAUUUGUGGCAUACGGGACUCAGGAAUCCUCGAGUUCUCUUUGCUGUGGAUGUUGGGCCGUAACCCUAAGCAAGGGCAUUUGCCUCGCAGUCGGCUCUACUGUGCUGUGUUGCUCCUGGGAGCCUUCGUGGGCGCUACCACGGCCAUCACCACGGCCACACCGGUGAUUAUCCAAUGGGCGAAGAGUCACAGCUUUAAGCUGCGGCCCUUGCUGCUGCUGAUGGUGGUGGCAGCGACCUGCGGAAAUUCCGUCUUCGUGACCAGCAGCCCUUCUUCCAUCGCCAUCCGCGACAUCCUGUGUGUUACCAAUUGCGAACUGAAGUCCCAAGCCUUUCUGGCUUUGGCCAAUGCCGCCUUCUUGGGGCUCUAUGUGGUGAUCAUCGGUGAAUUUCUGGCCAAGAAGGAUCAUGGGCCAAGUGUACGGGAGACACAACAGACACACCGCCUCGCGGACGAGGGCGAGUCCGAGGAGAAGCCGAACAAUUCUGACCAGCUUCACUAUGAAUUAGACUUCGUGGUGCUGAUGGGUUCCUUCGUCUGCGGUCACACGGUGCGCUCUGCGGGCUUCAUGAACCUCCCAGGCGUCGCCAUCCAACGCCUCUCCAGGCUGCAGAAGUCUCGUAGAUCCAAUGGCAGUGUGAAUUCGUCCAACGAUGUCAGGACAACUCUAACAGCUGAAGGUUCUGACUUGGACGACUGGGUUUUGGAAGCAGAAGAUUUGAUCACUGCACGAUGUUCUACGGCAGGUGUUUGUGCCAUGCGACGCUAUCCGGGUGUCUUCGUGAUGCGAGGACUUCACUGCCACCAAGCGCUGGGUGGACGACGCCACGAACGGCGGCUCUAUGAAAGCGUGGUUGCCGGUGGCAGUGAAGUUGUUGGAAGAAGUUUGGAGGAGCUCUUGGGCUUCCCAACAGCCUCCGAUAGCAUUCCGCCUCCCGAAACCCUUGCGGUUCCCUGGUGCGUGCGCGUCUUUCGCGGCUACCCCUUGGCCGCCUGGCGUCGCGAGGUUGAUGGCGUGCGACCUUUGUCGCCCCAUUUGGACGUUCUGGCUGAGGGCGAUGUGGUACUCAUCGACGCCUUUGGCGAGUUUCCAUCCCUCCACACGGCGCAGCGGCACUUCCUGAUCUCCGGAUUGGUGCCGAAAUCUCAGGCACCGCGGCACGGCCGGGCCACUGACAUGUGGCGUGGCAUCAUGGCUGCCACGGGCCUCAUUGUGGCUUUGGUGCUGGACUUGCAAAAGAGGUGUAACAUCUUGGUCAGUACCAUGGUGAUCGUUGCCAUGCUCUGCGUUUCAAGUGGCGUGAAACCGAACCAGAUCUCGGAAGUCAUGGACUGGAACUCCUGUUUGACCAUUGGCCUCGGUGAAGGCGUCGCCGUGGCGCUACGUCGCAGUGGUUUACAAGCAGCUCUGGCAAAACUCAUCAUCCACAUCCGCGACGUGGGAGGGCUCCCUUUGCAGCUCUGCGUCCUCUCCUUCACGGCCCAGCUGGCGGCCGCCUGCAUUUCGCCCACGCCGGCAGGCCUGCUGGUGGCCAAUAGCGCUCUUGCUUUGGACAACGAGUAUGGACAGCUCUCCUCCCGGCAGUUAGUCCUCUUGAUCGUGAUCUCCUGCAACAUGGUCUUGACGGUGCCCAUGCCCGAUGAGUUGAUGCGGCGAAGGAAGCGCGCCUUCAGUGUCCGGAGCAUGUUUAUGUGGUCGUUACCCACGGCUGUGUUGGUGGCCGGCCUGACGGCGGCCUGGACUCUGUUGUUGGCCCACGUCGAGGAUCAGUAACGAACUUUUGACGAAGGUGAACGAGACGAAACGAGCCGCAUUGAUUCGUGAAGAAAAAA